UAAGAUGGCGGCUGUGGCGGCUGCACGAGCAGUUCCUGUGGGCCCUGGGAUCCGGGGCCUGCGUCGGACACUGCCUCUUGUAGUGAUUCUCGGGGCCACAGGCACCGGAAAAUCCACCCUGGCGUUGCAGCUAGGCCAGCGGCUCGAUGGUGAGAUCGUCAGCGCUGACUCCAUGCAGGUCUAUGAAGGCCUUAACAUCAUCACCAACAAGGUUUCUGCCCAAGAGCAGAGAAUCUGCCGGCACCACAUGAUCAGCUUUGUGGAUCCUCUUGUGACCAAUUACACAGUGGUGGACUUCAGGAACAAAGCAACUGCUCUGAUUGAAGAUAUAUUUGCCCGAGACAAAAUUCCUAUUGUUGUGGGAGGAACCAAUUAUUACAUUGAGUCUCUGCUCUGGAAAGUUCUUGUCAAUACCAAGCCCCAGAAGAUGGGCACUGAGAAAGCAGCUGACCGGAAAGCAGAGCUUGAAAAGGAGGAUGGCCAUGCACUCCACAAACGCCUCAGCCAGGUGGACCCAGAAAUGGCCGCCAAGCUGCACCCACACGACAAGCGCAAAGUGGCCAGGAGCUUACAAGUGUUUGAAGAAACGGGAAUCUCUCACAGUGAAUUUCUUCAUCGUCAACAUGCAGAGGAAGGUGGUGGUCCCCUUGGAGGUCCUCUGAAGUUCUCUAACCCCUGCAUCCUCUGGCUUCAUGCUGACCAGACAGUUCUAGAUGAGCGCUUGGAUAAGAGGGUAGAUGACAUGCUUGCUGCUGGGCUCUUGGAGGAACUAAGAGAUUUUCACAGACGCUAUAAUCAGAAGAAUGCUUCAGAAAAUAGCCAGGACUAUCAACAUGGUAUCUUCCAAUCAAUUGGCUUCAAGGAAUUUCACGAGUACCUGAUCACUGAGGGAAAAUGCACACCAGAGACUAGUAACCAGCUUCUAAAGAAAGGUAUUGAGACUCUGAAACAAGUAACUAAGAGAUAUGCCCGGAAGCAAAACCGAUGGGUUAAAAACCGUUUUUUGAGCAGACCUGGUCCCAGUGUCCCCCCCGUAUAUGGCUUAGAGGUAUCUGAUGUCUCAAAGUGGGACGAGUCUGUUCUCGAACCUGCUCUUGGAAUCGUGCAGAGUUUCAUCCAGGGCCACAAGCCUGCAGCUGCUCCAAUAAAGAUGCCAUAUAGUGAAACUGAGAACAAGAGAAGUUAUCACAUGUGUGAUUUCUGUGAUCGAAUCAUCAUUGGGGACCGUGAAUGGGCAGCACAUACAAAAUCCAAAUCCCACUUGCACCAACUGAAGAAAAGAAGAAGGCUGGACUCAGAUGCUGUCAACACCAUAGAAAGUCAGAGUAUUUCCCCAGACCGUGACAAAGAGCUUAAAGAGAAGGGAUCCCCAGGGCAGAGUGAUCAAGAGCUGAAACCCAACAUUUAAGAGACGCGUCCAGUGGCCUUUGCAGAGGUGGCGGGGAUCCAGUUCAGGAGGGGGGGGUGUCUCUGUCUCCCUGUCUGGACUGAGGAGUGCUGUGCAGAAAGCUCCCAGCGUUUUCUUUCAUUCAGUGGCACGGGCACGGUUUUAUAGCCUCGUGUUCUCUCUAAUGGAACCAGCAGGUCUUGUCAGCUCCUUGUGUGGCUGAUGUGUCUGGUAAUGAUGUAGUUCAGAAAGGGAUUUUUUUUCUUUGAACCUUAAAGCUUCUAUUUUUAAAAGAGGCACAGACUGUACAGUUUUAUACGUGAGGAUCUUUUUAGUGGUGACUACUAGGAUUCACUAUAUCCCUUAAAAGAAGUUUUUAUAUCCCUGACUCUGGCUAAAAUUAUCUAAUUUCCAGAUGCUUUUGUAGAUGACUGAAGUAUUGUGAACCACAAAUUAGGAGUUCUGGAUUUGAGUGAAUGGCAGGAAUGGACCAGCUCCAGUGAGAUGAUUAAGUGAACCAACCAGUUCUUGGAAUUCCACAAAGAAGGGGAGAAUCAGCAGCCUGAGGUAGCUGUGACAAGGGCCUUGAAGACUAAAGACUUUGAAAUUUGUUGAGCUGCUCCUGUAUGAUCCUGUCACUGCUGUCUUUCUGAAUUGGGAAGUCUAUAUUUGUAUUGAAAGGUAAAUAAAGAAAAAGUUUGCAAGA